UUUGGAAGGGGGUAAUCCGUGAUCUUCCCAGGCUCAUGAAGGGAAAAAAAGGCUAGUAAAGUUUGAGGGGAGAGUUAAAUAAGCAAACUGUCCCCACCCCUCUACAAAUGUGCUUGGCCCCCUCUUGAGAACUAUGCACCAACUUCCCCUGAACUUACAGUCUCCUAUCUUGAUUUCACUUCAUAGAAGACUCAAGUGUUCAGAGGUUUAAUUUGUCCAGACUUCCGUUUGCUGAACUGCUUAGUUUUUGCUCUAUUGGACAAGCUCAUGAAUGCGACCUUGUUUGUUUGUUUGUUUUUCCUUUAAAGGACAUUCCUAACUAAGCUCAGGUGCAGGCAAAACCUUGAGGAGCCCUUGUCCACAAAAGGCUGUUAUUCUAAGACUGAAAUCUUAAGGAGAAGAGUUUGCUUCUGAAAAAGCAGGCAUAGGAUCAGAGGGAGCAGAUGAAGAAGAGUUCAAGACUGUCUCUGUCUUUGACAGAGGACUAGACAGAUUCCUACAGGAGAGGGCUAUUGAUGGCUACUAGCCAUGAUGGCCAUGCUCUGCCUCCACAGUGGGAGGCAGCGAUGCUUCCAAAUACCCCAGGAAGCCUGAACCCUCCUUGUGGGUUUUCCACAGGCAACUAGAUCACCACUGUGAGAACAGGAUGCUGAACUAGAUGGGCUGUUGGCCUGAACCAGCCGGGCUCCUCUUAGAUUUGACCCAGAGCACUGGAAUAUAGUCUUUUGGGUCCAAAGUGCUGUGGAACUAUUCCAAUGCCCCCAAGAGGGAUUUGGGCUUCUGCUUCUUAACAGACAGCGCUACUCUCACCCAGUGCUGUACAGCAAGCCACUUUUAAAAGGUGGGCCUUUUGAAAAGACAGUUGAGAGAAGUGUUUCUCCCCUUCUCCUAAUGCUAGACCCACUGAAGCUGAAGGGCAAGAGAGUCGGGAGGACAAUCCGUAGGAAAUAUGUAAUAAUCUAUGGAACUUGCUGCUGCAAGAUGUGGUGAGACCAGCCAGCUUCAAAUGGCUUUAGAAGGAGAUUAGAAAGAUCUAUGGAGGAGGCUAAGGCUAUCAGAGGCAUCCUGCACCUGAAAGCUGCUUGCUGGGACCCAGAAUGGGAGAGCUGUUUCCCUCCUGCCCUGGCCAUGGGCUUCCUGGAAGUAUCUGAUUGGUCUCUGUGGAAAACAGGAUGCUGGACCAGGCAGGCCUUUGCUCUCUUCUACUCUCUGCAAGUCAUUUGGGGGUAUGGGAUUCUUAUUUUGUUUUGUAUACAACCAUUCAUCCAAGGAAUAUAGAAUGGUGUACAUGAUUCUUCCCCAUCCACUUUAGUCACGUGGGAUUGCAGGGGUUUGGAUUGGGUGGCCCUUUUGGUUCCUUCCAGCUCUACACUUCUGUGAGGUAGGUGGGUUGGUCAGGCUGAGAGAUAGUGAAUGGCCCAAAAGGCACCUGGUAACCUUGAUAGCUUAGUGGGAUUUGAAUCUGGCAUCUCCUGUCUUAAUUCAACACCGGUUAGAUUUACAGCGCAGAUUAGAUUUACUUACAUGUUUGCUUAGAAGUACGUCCCAGUUGACUUAAUGGGGCUCACUGCCAAGUAGCUUUGCAUGGGACUGUAGCCCAAAGCACAAUGCAGUCUGCUCAGAAUUAAAUCUCAUUGAGUUCGAUGGUGCUUACUCCCAUAGCUGUAAUCCUAAACACAAUAACCGAGGAAUAUGGCACACUGAACUCACUGGGACUUCUGAAAUUUACUCAGAGCGUAAAGCCAGCUUUCAAGCUCUCCACUUCUCCCAAAGAUGUAUGUUUACUCAAAAACAUGCAUAGGUUUCCACUUGGUUGUUUUUUGUGUGUGCACCUGCCAUUUAAAGGAAACACUUUUUAAUUUUAAAAAAUGCUUUAUAUAGUCUUGAUUUAGCAGACAAGACCAAUAGUGAGUCCAGUGGUCAAGAAAGUGGUUUCUGCAGUGCUAUAGAGGGAAGCGAGGGGCAGAUGGGGCUCUUCCACCUGGAAGGGAGCCCAUCUAGGAGGAGGAACACUCUGAUCCUAAACCUCUGCUGGCUUGCAGAAUAUCUUCAGAAGAAGAAAAGGCUAAGGAGCAAACUACACAAAUCUGGAGUGGAGUCCCUACGGUUGGAUGGCGCCUUGUACGCCUCAUUCCGGCAAUUCCUUCAGCCAAGUUGGUGUCAAACGUCUUGUUCUGCUUUCCUUUGGACCACAUGAGUGAGGCUGGGGGGUGGGGCAUCUUUUGUCAUCUGGCCAGCCCAGGACCUCCACACACAUUGCCCAGGCUUGUGUCACUUUGGGGCUGCUAAUGCAGUGGUUUGACUUCACCCCCGGAGGCACACUCCAUUGUCUCUGGAGACAGACAGAGGCCAACAACUCCUCCAUCAGUCCCAGCAGGCAUGGCCAAUGGCCAGGGAUGAUGAGAGUUGUAGUUCAGCAAUAUCUGGAGGGCCAAAGGUUCCCCACACCUGGGCUAGCCCAACUGGCAAUGUCUCGCCUGGGUCUCAGGCAAAAAGGAAGACGGCUAUUCCCCAGGUGUACUUGGAGAUCUGCCCUCUCUUCUCCACUUUUGUUUUUUUGUGUUGAUGAGGAAUGGUCUGUUCAUUUCCACUUUCUCUCCUUCCAACAGGGGGCAGCCGGAGCCACAGGAGCCAGCCCUGAGUCACCCAAGGCAACAGGCGCACAGGGGGCUGGCUGGCCCUCCCUGUGCAUGUGCCACGUGCAUUUGCCUCCCUGCAGAAGGAGGUGGUGGGUUUUCCCCUGCUUGGCAGCCACAGCCCUCACUUCCCCACCCCAGUCAUGGUGGGUCACCUGCAGUUGCAAGGAAUGGAAGACAGCUUGAAAGAGAAGAACCGAGAAGGUUUGCUGGAUAGCCCGGAUUCGGGGCUGCCCCCCAGCCCUAGCCCACCUUUCUACUCCCUGUCUCCGGGCAUCGUUGAAAAUAGACCUGGGGGCAGCAGCUCUUCCACAGGUAUCCAGGGACAUGGGCUCAAGGAUGGCAAGGAGGGGAACGUGAUCCCUUAUCUUCUUCUGAAUGCCUCCACAUCAGAAAUAAGGCCUCGGAUGCACCCUGUGUUUUUUGGUGAAAGUAUAGAGGUCAACCCCGAACCGGCACAGGAAAUUAGGUGCAACUCUGAGGUAAAAUAUGGCUCUGAGAGGCAUUACAGGGAUGGUGUUUUCUACUGCCCAAUGCCCACUGUCACCACGUACAGCGAGACCGUCAUUGCUGCCCCCAACUGCACAUGGCGAAACUACAAGUCCCAACUCAUCUUUGAGCCCCGCCAGAAACCCCUGAGGUUCCAGAGUACAACAAUCAUCUUCCCCAAACAUGCCAAGAACAUAUACCGGACCACACUCAACUAUAGCCUUGGUUCUGCCAAAAGAUGGUUUGCCUCAAGUGUGCAGCUAGAGCUUUGUGAGGAGAACAGCCCCUGCAUUGUCUACACAGAAAAGGUUUAAUGCAGCGUUUUGUUUACUGAGGAACUCUUGACUACAACAUCAACGUAAGGCUUAGGCUUGCGCUGGAGGAGAAGCCUUUUAAGACUCAAUGGCCUUUGGCUGAGGGCAUCCAUUAAAUGGCUCCAGGAUCAUUCAUUUUUCACACACAGGCUUGGAUAUGCACAAGUCCAACUGGCUUCCCUGCUCCUAGAAGCAGCCGAGAGAGAUAUUCUCAUGUGCUGAAGCAGCUAGAAGCUGGCUUUGGUUCCCCUCAGCCUUGGAUCGAACCUCUUUGAUUAGCACUUGAAUGCAUUUUCAGUAGUGAGGGCCUUCCGUUACUUGGUCGCCAUUUAGAAAGCUUACUAUAGGGUAGUGUGUGGGCCCUCUGUAGCAUGUAGGAUGUGGCCAAAUAUAUCCUUAGAGAAAGUGAUUGUGUCACAGAAGCUCAUCUCCAGUUUGGCAAAGACUUGGCUUUGCAAAGACAUCAGGUAGAUCAUGGCAGGCAGUUCUUAGUCAUACUAAACAUUAAUUUUGUCCUGGGAUCUUAAGUAGAAGGCCCAGCACAAUAGAUAGAGGUGGAAAGGCACAGGGCAUCAUUUUUUGCCAAUGAGCAGGAGUUGCCAAAUCUCUGCUGCACAGGAGCCAUUCGUGGAAACCAGGCAUUUACAGUUCAUUGGCAACCAGCUGCCUUUAUAAAGGAAGCCAACAAGAAGAUUCCUUGGGAAACUGCCUCCUUGUGUGGAUACAACAUAUGGAAAAUAGCUGAACAUAUAGUUGAAUGUGUGGGGAAAGAGUUAACGUGAACUCAUUCCUUCAGGAGGCUGCAUUUUUUUUUACUUUUUGCUAAAGAUUUGGAAGAUAAUAGCUUUUUAAAAGAUGGUGUUUGAGACCAAAGGCCUUUUUUUUUUUACUUUCUGGAAUAAAGGACUGUAAAACUCAGGCCAAGAUUUCCUGGAAGGGAAGCUUAGCUCUUUAGGGGUAUGAGGAGGGGAAAUGACAUUUGUUCGGAUUUGCAGGUUCACAAACCUAGUAAACCUAAAGUAAAUGGAUGAAACAGGAAGUGACUGUAUGGACAACAGAAUGAAGGGAAGAGACUUGAAAGUAUUGGCUUGGUUGUGGAAGCAGCUAAGUUAAUGACAAUUGUGCAUAUAAUGCACAAUUGUCUUGAUUGUCAUUAUACAUACUGCUUUUAAGGGCUGUCCUUUCGAAUGGGGAAAGAUGCAUGGUUAAACAAAUUGUGCAUCUCAAUGUGCAACAAUUAUUACAUAUCCAUUAUGCUGCUUAGACAUAUUUGUUCUCUUGAAUGGAGGAAAGAGUGCAUUUACGUCAACUGCACAUGUACCUUGCAACCAUUAUGCAGAUUUUUAAAAAAGUGUUCAGAAUAUAUGAUGCCGGUCUUAUUGAAGGCAGAAAAGUUCAUGAAAAUAAAUUGUGGGUGGGUGGGUAUCAUAUAGCUCCUAUACGUGAAUGGAUUCUUACUGGCUCGUCACAAACAUCUUUCUCUUCUUUCUGCAAUGCUGACUUGUUUUUCCUGACUUCAAGACUAAAAUGCAAGUGAGACCCAGGCCUUAGUUUUUUUUUAUUGCAACAGCUAUUGCCUCAAAACGUUACCAUGGUGAGUGAUGGCAAAUGUAGUUUGAACUUUUUUUUUUAAUUUAUAAGCCUUGUUGUGUGGCACAAUCAACCUCCAUCACAUCCCUUUAAAAAGUGUAUGUUGUGGAGGGUGGGGGAAGCUCUUUACUGGAAAAUGGAAGUCUUUAAAUUCUUAGAUUAAAGAUGUACAUUAAGAGUACAUCAUGUAUGCAUGCACCCCACAUUUGAGAAGAGAGAACUGUUACAGGUAAACAGUUAGCCGAAAGGUUAUUUACUACAGAUGCUGAAUACAGAUGACUAUUUAUCAGCAUUCCUUGGGGUACUUGUGGGUGGGGAAAUCACAGGUGCUGUUUGACUUGCAUCAUGCUUGUGGGUUUCCCAGAAGCACUGUGGGAAAUUGUGGCAGAAAGUUUGAGGGCUUGUCCGUGCCAAGAGGUGCAUGUUGCUAAACGGUUCCAGAACUGCUGUAUCAUUGCAAAGUGAAGGAAGGAUCUCUUCUACAUGGCUAGUUUCCCAACUGGUCGCAAAAGCUCACCAAGUGGGUAAAUGGUUGCCUGUGCUUAUCUUGCCAAGCGGUGACAAGACUUCAAUCCUCACUUUUGUAAAUUUAGCCCAUGUCAAAAAUGUGGAGAGGGGAAAACAGAGGAAUAAUAAUUCUUCUGAUUACUUGGAAGGACAUCAUAGUCUGAACUCUCCACCCAUCCAGCCCCCACCCAUAACUCAACACCUGCACAUGCCAUUCCGCUAAAGCAGAAUUACUACCGGUAUUGACUUUAGCCAGGCAAGACCCAUGAUAUCCAGAGUAUAAUGGGUGAUAGAAAGUUUAUAUGUUGCCAGAUUUCGAAGAAUUGCAAAUAUAAGAUAAAGCUUUUUAUACAACUGAAGACCUGAAUGCUUGAGGUAGGACUUUAGAAUUGCUUUAUCUAUGCUACAUACAGUAUGUUGUGUAGGGUUAUUAUUAAUUUUGCAUUCAGAGCACAUUUUGUACAUUUAAGGGAACUAUUUGCCCCAUAAAAAAGGGGAUGCUAUUUUUUUAAGUGACAGAACUUUAUAUAUUUAUCCCCCACCCUGAGAUUGCCAGCUAUUCAGUCUGAGUGAAUUUAAGCACAGCUUCUAAAAUCUUAAGUGCCUUACUUCUGUACUGCCCAAAUCUUUCUUGAAUAUUGUAUUGAAAUGCUUUAAUUCUAAAACUUUUAUAUUUCACAUCUCCAUACACAAAUGGAAAGUAGAAACCUUUACCCAAACUGGCUGCAUUCCACAAAAGUGGUGUGUGUGUGGUGGCAAUUAAUAUAUGAGGCUGUCCUAUGUCUAUGUGAAACCUCAAGUCACAACUGCACAGUGAGAGUCAGGGCUCCUGCCCCCUGCCCAAAUCCUGGGAACUGCACUUUCUUAAAGGUUUAACGACUCUCUGCUCCCUUAACAAACUACAGUUUCCAGGAAUCUUUGGGGGAAGCCAUGAUUCUUAAAGGGGUGUAAGAGUGCUUUACAUUUAUGUUGUGGAGUGGCCUCAAUCAGACCAUUGGUUUGUUUAGCCUGGUACUGUCUGAGAUGGGUAGCAGUGAUGGGCUUUUGUCUUGGGCUGAGAGAUUACUCAGCCUUAUUACACUACAUCCUUCUAACUGGGAAACUUGGGAUUGAAUUAGAGAACUUGUGCAUACAUAGUCUUUGUCCAUGAAGUUUUCUUGGCAGGGAUACUGGAGUGGCUUGCCAGUUCCUUCUCCAGGUGGAUCACGUUUAGUCAAAACUCUCCACUAUGACCUGUCCAUCUUGGGUGGCCCUGCAUGGCAUAGCUCAUAGCUUCUCUGAGUUAUUCAAGCCCCUUCGCCAUGACAAGGCAUUGAUCCAUGAAGGGGAUGUGCCUGGUGUGCUCUGGUCCAUAGGGUCACGAAGAGUCUGACACAACUAAACGACUAAACAACAACAAGCAUACAUAGUGUUACUCUUCCCGCCAAGCUAUCAUCAUGUAAGCAGUUCGAUCCAAAUGUGUGCUCAUGCCUUGCACUAAAACAUGUGAGAAAAGCAAAACUUUUGCACACAAGCGAAAACAUAGGAACGGUCUUUGACUAACAUGUAUGUGAAUUGCCAAACCAAUAAAGAAGACAUUGUGUAACAUUUGUUCUUUAGACACAACCAAAUUUGCACACACACAAGUUGUAGAGACAGUGACGGGGAAAGAUAAUUUAUUGGUGUUAAAUGAAGACUAAAAGUGCAUGGUUCCAUGCAAGCACAUUAAAAGCACAGGAUGUGGGUAUUCAUUGUAAAGGUGGAUUUCCUGAGAAUCCCAGCUUUCAUUGUUUAAGAAAUUAAGAAGUUACUAGCCCUGGUUGUAGAAUGACACCCACACCAGACAUUUUAAUUAUAAUUAUAUCUCUUCAACAGUAAUGGUUCCCCCCCCCAAAGAAUCCAAGGAAGUGUAGCUUGUUAAGGGUGCCGUACCCUUUGGGAGAAGACAUGUCAGUUCAAGCAGUGUAGGAGAGCUUUAAAGGUAUGGCGUGGAUAUGACCUGAGUUCAGGCCACUUUAAAUAAUCCAGUGGUUUUGUUGUGAUUGACUUUUUAUCACCCAAAUUAACACAUGGGCAAGCUGAAGAGAGCAAGUUUUUCAAGUCCAUGAGUCUGAUAGCACAUGAAGCUCAGGUCUAGCAACAGAUAGCCUCAGAAAGUCCUCUACAUUCUUGGUUUUGUUUACUCUCAUGAGGCAGAACAGCCUUUUUCCAGGCAUACUCAAGCCCCACACCCUUCUCCAGGUGGUUUAAAUUACAGCACAUAGAAAUAUACACAAAUAAAGGGCCAAAAACUGUAGCAUUUAAGACGUUUAAUGAAAGGACACAAUUCCCCAAACACAUUUGCACAUUGCCACACCCUUCAUGGCUGUGCUAGCAGGCCACUUAGGCGAGGGGCCGUUUACAAGCCUCUUUCGGGCAGCUGUUUCUCUUCAGAAAAGCAGGUGCAGGCAUCCUGUAUUCUCAAAUCCAAUAAUUCUUUCCCUCAGGUGGUAUGUUUCUAAAUUGCAAGUGGCUUGUCCACCCUAAGUGACUCUAUGUUUUCAUGCUGCAGUUCCAUAGGGGGAAAGAGUAGGAUUUAUUCCUGUUCAAAUGGAUGGGAAUUUCUCCACAGAGUUAGAUUGGGUGGUUUUUUAAAAAAUCCAUGUGGUGUUCUCAGUUGAAACAAGACAUUGCCCAAGUGGAAUGCUACAUGCACAACCGUUUGCAAGCCUUAGUGUCAUGUUUAAUAAUAUUAAGCAUUGGGGGAUGGGCAGUGAGUAAAUGAAUGGAUUUGUUUUUAAUCCAUGUUUUUAAACCAUGGCUUGCACUAAGCAUAGACUCCAAACCAUUACUUCCAGAUGUACAGGCAAAUAUGGUUGGUGUGGUUUCCUUCUUUCCAGAUCCCCAGAUGCUAUCUUAAACAACAGCUUCUUAGGGUGGACUGAUGUUCCCAAGCCAUGCUUCAAAUUGUGAUUCAGUACCUAGAUUGUGAGUUGUCUGUUCCUAAGUCAUGGCAAAACCAUGCUCUGGCUGUGCAAAUCAUAAUUUGGCAUUACAUCUAGAACAGGCAUCCCCAAACUUCGGCCCUCCAGAUGUUUUGGACUACAACCCCCAUCAUCCCUGACCACUGGUCCUGUUAGCUAGGGAUCAUGGGAGUUGAAGGCCAAAACAUCUGGAGGGCCGCAGUUUGGGGGUGCCUGAUCUAAACCAUCUAAUAGUUUGGGACACUUUUUUCCUUUCCCAUUCACAAAAGCCACUACAUCUGCGGAAAACUGAAAGUAAAAUUCCAAAGCUUAAAGAAGGCAGUCCAUGCUGAUUUGAUGGUCAGAGGGAAAGUUAGAAGGUAGCUAACAGCUCUGUUGGCAUAGAUAUGUAAUUAUUUUUGUAGCUCUGCUCUUUCUAAGUGCUUACAAAAGUAUUUCUGCUGUUUUAUAUUUUGUGAUAAGGUGUUUUGCAGUGCCAUUUUAUUUUUAUAUCUAUAUAAAUAUGGUAUUUCCCCACAUCCUUUAGUCAAUAAUGUCUUUCUAUUCGACUAAUAGAAAAUAAUUUAAGAAUUUUUAAUAUUGCUAAAAACCCUGUAUCUCAUAAUAAAAUGAUGGAAUGCU